UUUCAUGAAAUUGAAACCCAUCAUCCCAUGAAUAAGAGGGAAAGAUUAUUCAUGUCCCCUACCUUAUUUUUUAAGAACAUUUUCAGAGCCAAAGUUCAGAUCAGCCGCUUCAAUACCAAGGGAUUUUCGCAGGAUUCCCAAUCACCAGGACUGGAGACAAGAAACUCGUGUUGUGCAUUUGCGCUGGGGAAAGAAACUACUGGAGUUCUACAAGGCACCUGUUACUAAAUUUUGGUCCAACGUGGUGAGCACAUUAAAAGUGACAUACCGUAUUUAUUCGAAUAAGCGCCCAACCUCGAAUAAGCGCCCACCUCGAAUAAGCGCCCACCCCGACCCCAUCCCCUUUCACCUUCCAACCGAAAAAAAAUUGAAGAAGUACUAAUAAGAGACUUCCCCGAAGACGGAGUUUUCUUCAGAGUAUUUUACAGAAACCUUUCUUUGUUAAAUCUUUGAGUUUUAUUAUUACCAUUUAUUGUUUUGUUGCAAAAUAAGCGUACUACACUUAUUAAAAUUGUGAAAAUUUAAUAGGCGCCCAGCCUCUAAUAAGCGCCCACCUCGAAUAAGCACCCACUCUCAAGGUCCAAAAAUUUAAUAAGUGCCCAGGGCGGUUAAUCGAAUAAAUACGUUAGUUAACGCCAAUGACCAAAAAAUAUAAAUUAUUCGCGCUGCUAAACACGGCCAUUUUAUGGGCAAUAAAGGAAUUUGUGGUGCAAUGAUUGUUAGUGCAGACGUGAAACAACUGCUUUGCGCUGGUCGAAAUCUCAAUUGAUCGUGCAGAAAACAAGCAGCUCAGGGGCGUAGCUAGAAGGAUCCUAGGAUACCUGUGACCCCCCUUUGUGAGACAACAUGACAUCUAUGCCACUAAGCAUUCUCUCCGCCUCUUACUAACAGAUAUUUUGACCGAUGAGCAGUGAGACUAAAAUAGAGUAAUUUAUGUUACGUGAAACUUAAUUCAUCAUUGCAGCUAUGUUGAUGUUGUAGGCUUGUCCCUCUCCCAACGCUCACUGCUCGUCCGAAAAAAUGUCACUUUUUGAAAAACACAGCGUGGAUGUCGACAUGCCAGUCUGCUAAGCACUCCAAGUGUGACACAGUGUGAUCCCCCCUUUGAAAAAUCCUAGCUAUGCCUCUCAAUUGUAGUCUCUAACAUGCGUUCCGGCUGAAACUGAGAAAAAUUAGCAACACAGCCCAACCAUUCCUGGUAGGAUACAUUUAAUUAAGCCGGAUUUUCGGAUGAUUCUGGAACAUUAUUGUAGGCAACGAAUAAAAAUGCCAACUAUUUCAGGUAGGUGAGAAUGUCCUGGAUUUAUAGAAUUCAAGACUGAUAAGUUACGAGCACAGUUGCUGAAUUCCGGCAGUCAAUAGAAGUGUCAUGUCAAUCGAGGAAUGAAGUAUUAUAAGCCGCGGUUUAAACUGGCCAAUAUAAUUCGAGUGUUCGGAAGACAGCGUAGUGGCUUAUCAGCUCAAAGGAAAGGCGGUCAAGUGAUAGUUGAAAACUCUUCGUAUUGGAUUUUGGUCAAUAAAUUAUAAAUAUAUGUCCUAGAAAAAGGUUCAUCGUUUUGGAACAAGUUACAAUAAUAAUGAAAGUUGUCGAUCGUUCUCACCAUGUAUUGAUUGGAGAUGAGUAAAUCGCCACGUUUCGACAGUGCUUAAUGUUCAGUGUCUUCCUAAGACGAUGAGUUGCAUGACUGACCAUUGUGAUACAGAUAAUGUACUGCGUAAUUAUUACUGAACACCUCACUAUAAGUGGGUACAUUGUGAAAAUAAAGAAUGGUUUGGUUUACUAAAAUGACCAAAAGUAUAUCUGUCACAGGUGGAAAUUAAAUUCAGGUUAAAUCAAAGUUGAUUCUCAAUUUCUUUUGUCUCCUAGCCCUGAUUCAUGACUAAAUAGGGCUAGGAAUCAAAGGAAAUUGAGAAUCAACCUAGGUUAAAAAUUGUAACCUGAAUUUUACUUUGACCUGUAGCAUAUCCCCUAAAAUAGAUCCACGUAGUUUUUAAUUUAUGUUUUUCUUUUGAUUUGCUUACAGUUUGCCUACCUGGUUUUCCUAGCCCUCUUCAGUUAUGUUAUUCUUAUUCGUCAAGAUAAAAUCCCUUCCAUCAGCGAAAUGGUGCUCAUCAUCUUUGUUUGCACACUUUGUACCGAGGAAAUUAGACAGGUAAUCAAGCCGCGAUUGAAUUUGACCUUUAAGCUUAAAGAAUCGAAAUUCAGACUCCUGCGUGUAUGUUUUCUACGGCUGACAAUUGGACAUUUAUUACCUGUCUUGAGUACACUUCCUACAUAAACGUGAAUUAAGGAAGUUUCAGGUCUCAGUCGUGCAGUGAGACUAAGAAAAGAACCAAAUGGUUUAACCUGUUAAGCAGACUUGUUUUUUUGCUUAUUAAACCCAUCAAAAUCAAAUCAAUUUUAUUUAAGCUCGAAAGCGUGAGGAGUGGUUGCCCAAUCUCCCGAGCCAGGGGCUCAUGUAUUAAACGCUCGAGCAUUCCGGAUCGAAUUGGAAUUUAGAAAUGUUGGUUUUUGCGGAGAGGGGAAAACCGGAGUACCUGCAGAAAAACCUCUCGGAGCCCAGAAGAGAACCAACAACAAACUCAACCCACAUAUGACGUCGAGUCCGGGAAUCGAACCCGGGCCACAUUGGUGGAAGGCGAGUGCUCUCACCACUGCGCCAUCCCUGCUCCCCCGUGGUCUUGUGGUCUUCCUUGUCAUUUCCUUGUCGUCGUCGAUGCGUAAGCUCCCUACGUUAUGCCUGAAAUUGUAAGGAGCUUAAGCAAAGACGAUUCUGAGCUACACACGUCAACCGAAAGUGAAACAUUUUCUCUUUAAAAUGCUUUCACGCUACCAAGUUUAAAAGCCGUGUGUGGUUAUUCCCUUACCGUGGAAGAACAUCCGUGUGACGGUGCAGUGAACCACACGUCCUCUGGAAACAGGUUAACUUAAAGAGAAGCUCUGGCAAUUUAAGGCUAACUGAUGAUGUACGUUUAUUUUCCUAAAACUUUAAGUUAAGCCAAUUUUUUGAAAUGUUACUGUUCUAGAUACUGCACUCAGAGCCACCAACACUUAAAAAUAAACUCAAAGAAUGGGCGUCAAGUAAAUGGAACAUUCUCGAUGGCUUCGCUGUGGUAUCUUUUUUCGUUGGUCUCGGUCUCAGGCUUUUCCCAAUAACACGUAGUGCAGGUCACGUGGUGUACUGCUUUGAUGUCAUGUUGUGGAUUGUCCGCCUGCUGGACAUUUUUUCUGUCAGUAAACACAUGGGACCUUACGUGGUGAUGAUUGGAAGGAUGGUAAUUAUACUUUGUUACGAUUUAGAGGAUGGUUCGUUCCGAGUGAAUUAAAAUGAUCGGGCGACUAUCACCUUUAUUGGGCGGGCAUGCUCUUUAUAAAAUUGUAAAUAUAGCCCUACGUGAGACCAAUCGAGACGUAUUGUAAGCUUCCGCUGACCCCUAUCUGCUCAGGCACAGCCCUAGGAGAUAAACUAAUUAAUGGGCAGAAUAUAGAGGUCCCGCCCGGAACACCCGGAGAGUAACCUGAGAAAAAAGCCAACAGAGUGCCAAUAAAAACGGUGUAAAGAAGAUAAAGUCGUCUUUUAGGGGUUACUCUAAACUACUCUUAUUUACAAUAUUCUCUUACACCAUACUUUUUGUUGAAAGCCUAAUGAGCCUUGUAAAGUUAAGCCCGGUUGAACCAAACUUACCAGGCGUUUCAAAGUAAAAGCAAAAUUGGAAGCCUGAGUAAGUGUGGUUUUAUCAUGCCUUUGAGGUACGCCUCGUUGAAAAUUUACCUCAUGUGUUUGAUAAUGUCAUUGUGAUUGGCUUUUGGUUACUGAUUGCUCACUGAGACAAGAAACAUUUUAAGUUACAUUUUCUCUCAGACUAUAGACAUGCUGUACUUUCUCCUUAUUAUGGUCAUUUUCCUUUUGGCUUACGGAGUCGCCCAGCAAGCUAUCCUGCACCCAAACGAAGAACCGUCAUGGUCUGUGGUGUCUGGGGUGUUCUUCAGGCCUUAUUUUCAAGUCUACGGAGAGCUGUUCGUGGAAACACCUGACACAAGUAAGCACGGUUUGUUCAGUCUAACUACUCAGGCUUGUGAGAAUUCUUGAAGUGCCCAUUCCCUGAUACAACAGCAGGAAAUUGGUUUGGUUCUUAAAUGAAAUUAUGACGAGUUUUUCUAGUUUAUUUUUCCUGCAUCUCACCAACGUCCCGAAUAGAAGGUCAAGAGGAACGACUUUGUCAUAAGAAAUUCUCAAACUCAUUAAUAAUUCAUUAAGAAAAUACAACGGAAAUUAAUGUUUAAUGAGUGUUUGGAAAUCGGAUGAAACACUGCUUAGUAUUUGCAUCCUUAAUUUCUCCUUCAAAAAUGAUUUUGUUUGAGAAGAAAUAUCAAACAUUCGACACAGUGUUUCAUGACCAGAUGAAACACCUCGAAGUUCGUCAAAAAUACUCCGCUGCGCGUCGUAUUUUCAACUCUCUUCUCGGUGUUUCAUCUGGUGAUGAAACACUGCAUCUCAUGUUUGAUAUAUUACUUCAAACAUUGCGGCCUUUUGAAACAUAAUCAGGCUUUUCAUGUUUGGAAAUAAAAAUCGAUUUAGAUAAAUGUAUUAUGUCAGAUAUAUCAAAUAGUCGAUCGCCUGGUUUGAAAUCAUGAACCUACCAUUUUAAACAUUGGAGGCAACUUUUAGAUCAACAGUUAUUAUGUUUUCAAACAAAUUCGUGAAUUUAUAAUUUGAAAUCAAAGUUUGUCAGUGAUCUAGGAUAAUCUGCUUCGUCAUGAUUUAAAGCAGAAAUAUCACCAUUUGAACUCACAAAAAACAGUCCCGUAUGAAAUCAUGUAAAACUAAACUAACAACCUUUUUUGCAAAUAAGGCCCCAUGCAUUAACUGGCUAUAGAGACGAUUUGUUCAACGGGCUUAGAACUCCUAGCACUUGUUAAAUGACGUAAUACAUUUCGAGGAGCAAGGGUGGGGCAAUGGUGUGAGCACAGGCCUCCCAACAAUGUGGUCGGGUUCAAAUCCCAGCAUCGACGCCAUAUGUGGGUUGCGUUUGUUGUUGGGUUUUUCCAUUGCUCCGAGUGGUGUUUCUCCGGGUACUCCGGUUUUCCCCUCUCCUCAAAAAACCAACAUUUUCAAAUCCCAAUUAAACGAGGAAUGGCAAACGGACAACCGCUAUGUGGAUGUGCAACCUCUAAAUCAUUAUUUAUUUUAUUUAUUCUUGAUUUAUAAAGGAAUAGGAUACUGAUCUAAUUUGUGUGAUUUCAUUUCAGUUGACAACGACACAACUCUUUUCGGCACCUCAAGAAAAGACGAGCACGCAGACAUAAUAGUGGCGUUUAUCGUGGCUUUUUAUCUGCUAGUUGCCAAUAUUCUUCUGCUUAAUCUUCUUAUUGCCAUCUUCAAGUGAGCUAAACAGCUAGUGAUUUUUUUACAGAUUCGGCAGUGUAUUAGAUGUCAAGACUUAACUGGAGGGUGUGUAGCUCCUCCAGAAUCGAAUACCCAAUAGGCCCUUUGAACUUGUCAGACACGUGCUACAAAUUAAAAACGCCAUGCUUAGACGCAAAAAAUCUCACUGGACAAAGCAAAAAAGGAAAGUGCCCUUUCAAAUGAUUUGGGCUCGUUGCCCCACUGCGUUUCUUAGGUCUCAGCAUGGCGUACCACGUGACCGACCAGCUGCGGCUGGGUCUAUACUGUCUAUUCUUUUUUCCUAUGACGUCACAUAUGACAAACAGUUACGUCAUUAGACACCCAAGAAUCCUGCAUAUUUGAUCAACCCGAAAGCCAGCCCUCUUUAAUUUUACCUCGCUGCGUGCUAUUCCACAAUCCACAUUCACCUAAAUGAAUUUACAAAACGAUUAUUCGAUACAAAAGAAACGUUACACCGUGUGUCUUGUUUUUAUUCUUCAGCAACACGUACAACAGCGUGCAAGCCAAUGCAAAUCAAAUUUGGAAAUUUCAGAGAUAUUAUCUGGUUAUGGAGUAUGCGCAGAGGCCAGUCUUGGUUCCACCCUUCAUUAUAUUGAAUCACGUGAUUCAUCUGAUAAAAGGAAUAUAUAGACGACUUAGAAAAUGUUGCCGACAAAAGACGGUAGAUCGAGAAGACUCUACCCGCUCAUACGGCUUAAGUAUGUGUAUUGUUUUGGGAAGGCCUUCCGCCGUAUCAUUGUUGGACCUUUCUUAAUAAAUUAUUCGGAUCAUUUUACGUUUCUGUGAAACUGCCCACCUACCCCUCCCCUAAACCAACGUUAAUUAACACUUAGUUCUUACUUAGGGCAAAAUGUUGGCUAAGGGGAGGGGUAGGUGUGCAGUUUUCCAGGAACGUAAAGUGAUCCAAUUAUUCCUACUUUGGAUUUGCCGCAUUGAUUUGUCGUAUUUUAUUUGUUGCUGAUUAAAUCAUACUGUCGUGUUGCCAUACUGUACUGCACCAUGAUUGUGAAAUGCAUUUUCACUUGUCUGGUAGUGGUUGUGUUGUACUGACGUGUACUGUAUUGCAAGCACAAUAAGCGAUUUACAUUUAUUGGGUAGUUAAUCAAUAGUACGUUCUACACUUGUCAGACAGAGAUACAUUCAGCCAUGUUUGCAUUUCGCUUGUAACUAACCAUUACCAGCUAUGCUAAUCUGUUAACGCUUUAGCUUGAGACAGAUUCCCUCUGAACAACCACACGUAGCUUUAAGUAGCUUCAGAAUACAGCUGCGUUGUUUUUCGCUACAAAAUGUCAAGGAAAUAUGUAUAUUUUAAAUUUGUUGUAAGUGACUGUCUCAUUUCCUUGUAGAGCUUUUUCUUGGAAGGGACGAUCUUCAAAAAAUGUCCUUGUUUGAAGAACGAUGUGUAGAUGGCUACCUCAGGGAGAAAGAUACCUUACUACACGCCACACAAGAAGAAAAAAUAAGGGUCAUUGGAGACAGGUACGACUAGUUGUAAAUAAUUACAAAGGGCAGGGAACGGGAAACCUAGCCAACAGCAUCUACACUGUUUAUUAGUAAUUUUAAUCAAUAAAUAGCACCAGUACGUAAAUACCAAGCCUGAGGAAAUUGGCUUUUUGUGCGCAAUAUCCUCAGUGUUCUGUGCUAUUCAACUCAGAGUGUGUUCCUUUCGGCGAAACCAAAAACGGAUUUUAGAUCUUAACACGGAUCUUGCGUUAGUGAGUCCAGUUCAAAAAGAAUUCGUUGGAUUUGAAAUCAGAAGAAUUCAAAUCCAGUUUUUUUACAAUGGAUUCGAAAUUAGUCAGAUUAUGCAGCUGUGUACGAAAGUAGAAAAUCCUCUUUGCUGCCACUUGAAAACAUGUGGAAGAUUGCUCUUGGGACAAAAUAUCCAUUUAUUAACAAUUUGUCGUCAAAAAUGGCUGACAAACACAAAUACGUAAAAGGGACAAGUGAACUACAAUCUUUCUACAAACAUACUUGCAGACGCGAUAGGCACUCGAAGGUGCUAUAUAAAAAAUCCGACCUUAUCUGAACAAAUUAAGACUCUCGUGAUUCACUUUUCGGUAGGUCUAACACCCUGUUUAGGCACAUGAGGCAAGCCUUGCAGGAAUUCAACUGCUCGUCUUGUCAGUACUUGACGAAAGCGACUGAUCCGACAACCUCUACAUAGUUAGUUUCAUCUCUAAAGCGCCUUCUCUGUUUAUGUUCCAUUCCGUCCUCACUAUUCAAAUUGCCGAUCACAGGAUUCUGCACGGUAUCAUCGCAUAAUUCGUCAAACAGGCCGUCAUAUUAAACGCGUUUGCGAAGGUUCACCAAGGGUACAGAUCCAUUUUCGGAUUUUGCAUUCCUUUCGGACGCGAAAUCGGGAAAAUUUAGGAUCCAAAAACCGUUUUUGGAUUCGCCGAAAGGAAAACACCCUGAGUGUGGUAAAGAUUAUUUAAUAAUUUGGAUUUUGCCAAUAAUCCAUUGAGCAUGGUGUAAUAAGUCUUUUGUACGUUAUCAAAAGAGAUCUUUACGGCUUUUUCAUAGUUGAAAGUUGGUUAGUUGCUGAUAGAUAUCCCUGCGAAAUAAUACCUAGCAGGAUUUUUGAUAACGUUAUCGCCAAAUGGACUUUGUGCGUUCAGCAGUUUUUUUUGGCCAAAAACCAUCUCCAAAUUAGCUAUUAUAAAAACUAAGAGUGCAACCGUUGCUUUUGUUCUCUUCUCCUCCUUUCCUUCUCCUCGCUCUUUCUUUUUUCUCCUUUUCUUCCGUAACCGUGAUUUUGGAGCUUCUCGGGAUUAAGAAACCUGCCUUUUGACGCCUUUCACUCAAAUGACUGCAAAUUUCGUCAGGUUGGGUAUCUCUAUAUAUUUUUUUACUCUCAAACUAACGUUGAUUCUAUUUUACUUCUCUUAUGUCACAGGAUGGAAUCUGUUUGUUGUCAACUGCAAGAUAUGUACAAGGAGUCCAUCAGUCAAUCCAACUCCAACAAAAAGGCAAUUUCAUCCCUGGAUACUCGCCUAACAAAACUCGAAGAACACACGCACAGAAUUGUGGGUCUGCUGGAGAGACUGCAAGUACUGAUGCCACCAGAAACCGAAACAUCAGCAAACAGUGACGAGCACAAAGAAACGGGUAGAACUGUUUCUUUAUCCGACAUUGACGUUACAGGUACCUCUUCAUUACAUGACUAGGGCCGCGAGCGGGCAAGGUGAAGCGAAUCAGGUGUCCUAAUUGGCUACCAGAGACAGAGGACAGGACUAGCUAAUCAUGCCUGCUCGGGAUUGCUCGUUUUCUCUCCGCAAAAAAAUAUUCAGGGUUCGUACAGGUCAUGGAAAAUCAUGGAGUUUAGUAUUCGGUCCUUGAAAGUCCUGUUUGGUAGAUAGGUAAGGACAAUGUAGGAUAGGGAGAAGUGAUUGAACAGCGCGAAAGGCACGCAUUUUGGUGGACACCAGAGUUUGUGUCUGUUGAACUGUUGAAGGUCCAAAAAUACCCUAAAAAAAGAAAAGUCCAAACAUUUUUGAAAGUGCCAGCUAAACCUAAGGUCAUGGAAAAAGUCAUAGAAAGUCAUGGAAUUUGAAGAGCUCUGAAGAGUACGAACCCUGAAUAUUGCUUUUGAACAUAUAAUAUAUACUUUAUUUAUAAAGCUUGUUUGGUCUUAACGGCUGAAUAUUGAUCUCUUUUCUUGAACAUUUGAAAAGUAGACAUUAACUUUCUACGAUCCCCUUUUUUUUAUAGCGUAGAAAUUAGGUCAAAAUUUUCAAAACUCACGAGUGGUUUCACUACAAAGAUUUUAAGUAUUUCUAUGGUGUAUAAGAGUGUAUACAAUGUGUACAGUGACUGCUACAGCCUCUCUGAUUGGUCGUUGCCCAUGAUCUUUUCAACUAAUUGAUUCCAUGUUGCCAUGCGCCAGUCCAGAAACAGAUGAUGGGCAAGUGUCUCACUGAAUUUGUCACCUCAUUAUGAAGUCUUCUGAGAUCUAAUACCGAACAGACGCACCACAACAUGGAAUCUAUUCAUUUUAUACAAUGAUUAGAAAGCGAAAAAACGACAAACUUGCCUUGUACCGCUUGACUGUUCGAGGAUUUUUGCCUGUUAAGGUAUUUUCCAAGUCAAAAACGGUACGUUUCGUCUCUGCUUAUUCUCUUCCGUUUUAUCUUACUUGUAGACAGUUUCACCCAAACGUUUUUCAAGGCGUUCACUUGUUCAGUAUAGGCGAAUCUUUGUGUACACUUUUUGCCUCAUUAACAUAUGCUUAUCACUAUCUGAUGACGCUAAUAAAAUAAAAACUAUAAAUAUUGAAAGGGCAUAACAGUUUCAGUUAUCUCUGAAAAUUUGAGGCCAAUACGUACAACGAAUGGUUUCGGAGAAAUCCUCUUCUAAAACUCUAUAUUUUACAGAGAAUUUAUGGCCCAUUAACUUUUUUGCCACGCAACAAUUUCGCAGUUUUUGAUGGCCGAUAUUUCCUUCAAUAUUGCUUGCAAACAGCUGAAAAUUGCACAAAUUGCUCAAGUUAAUUAGCUCUUUCAACUUUUGCAUCUAGUUCAUAUAUACGGCAACGGCUUCUAUGAACUAAGUCGUAUGCUAAUGAAGAAAAAUGUAAACAGUGACGUCAGCAAAGAUUCGCCUAUAUCAGCCGGCCUUAGGAAAUUUUAUACUCCUUUAAACUCCACAAAUUAGGAAAAGCUUAGAUCCCUUAUCUCUUUCUUUGUCUUGAAGAUGUAGAGUGUUUUAGUAAAUAAUCGAGCACUUCAUCUGACUUGAGUUUACUAUACGUAGGAUCAUCACCUGCAUGGCGCAGACCCAGUUUUUCUCGAAGAGCGUCUGGUAGCAGCGUAUUUGGUACAGGAACUCGAUUCAAAUCACAGUCGGAGUCGGAGAAAGGUUCACUCACCAACCAGCCUGAACUAGGUGUGUUUCAUUUAUUAGAGACCUUUAGAUUCGAGGACGAGAACGACUACGAGUACGAUAUUUGAUUUAAAGUUUAUCCGCGUAAUCUCAAGAAAUAGACACCCCGGAAUUAUUCAUUGUACUUUUUUUCAGCAGAAAAGUUAGCACGGUUAUCGUUAUUGAAGGAGGUUAAGACCUCUCCCGAUUGCAAAAUGCUAAAACUUCUAACAUUUGUAACUUGUUCCCGCCACUACUAUAAUACUAAUUUUGGUAAUAUAAUAUUAGUUUUGUUUUUAUGUUUUAUAGAGGGCCACUAGUUUAUCAGUUUUUUCAUAACUGUUACGUGUUUACCCUCUUUAAAUAAAGGCGUUACUUUACCUUACCUUACCUUACUACGAUACUCGCUAAAACUCGUAGUAGAAUGACGACGGCUACGACCUGUUCCCGUCAAAUGACGCUGCCUAAGGCGCGAGCACUACUUACUAUUGAGAAAAUCUCGUACUCGUAGUCGUUCUCGUCUUAGAAUGUAAAGCUCUCUAUUAGUGUCGUCACCGAAAGUGAACGUGAAGAUAGCACUGAUUUUAUAAUUCGAUCUAAGUGCGAUUAAAUUUAAUUGCACGGAUAAUUUCUGUCAACAGUUUAUUUUAAAAUUGCUCAAAUUUAAAAAUGCAGGAUUUUUACAAUCCACUUGUGAAGCGACCAUGACGUUCGACUCAAAAUUGCCUUAACGUUGUAUGGAAGUGUUGUAGCAUUUGAGAAUCUGUGGUCUCUUAAGGAAUGCUUGGACCAAGAUCUAGAGAUCGAGGUGACGCUUCCUUCAGCGUCUACUCUUCCACGCAAGUGACUAUCUAAUGUAAAUGGAUACUAUCGACAAAUUGUUCAGGGUAGCAGGACUUGCAUCUAUUCCAGAGGGAGUGGUAGCACCGGUCCUGGUUCUUUUGUGCUACAGUAUUCAAAAUAUAAUCAAGUCAUAUGGUUACCCUGUGACGGAAAAUACAUCCCUGCCAAUGUCCUCGCGAUUUUGACAUAACUUACAGCUACAGAUACAACUAGAGCAUGUAUCGACCGACUUUCUACGGAAGUGACCAUUAGUAGUAGGGACUUUAAGAUAGGUCACUACGGUAGGCUGGGACGGUUGGAUGCGUAUACGGGCGGCCUGGGGCCAUGACGGUAAGAAGCCGCGAAAAUUUUCAAUUUAAGAUCGGACAACAAAACAGAGGACGGUGAAGUCAUGUGUGAAACUCGCUUGUCAUUUCUUUCGCAGAAGGCUCAAUUGCUGAAGAAGAGUUUCUUAUUUUAAACGAAGAAUACCAAUCAGAGGAAUAAGUGUACAAAUUAAAGCUAGCUAGUUUUCAAAACUGUAGUCGAUGUUUUUAUUUGAACUUUCCUUUCCCAAGCCAACACUUUUUGAGUUAUAAAGAAAUCUUUUCUUGAUAAAAAUACAGUUUUAAGUUAUAAAAAAGACGGCUACAAUCAUCACUGUUAGGCCCAGUUGAAACGUCGAACUUCUCAUGUGCCGAAACUAAAGCACAAAUUACUAAAAUUUAUUUUCACUUGUUUAAAGCAUUCUAGACUAUUGAACAUCGUGAAAAUGAAUCGAGUUCGACUACACUGUAAGUUUGACGCCUGAAUCAACCUCGAACCAUUUGGGUCGACCUAAAUCGGUAUUAAGUUCGGUACAUGAAAAGAUUAACGUUUGAACUGGGCCUUACCUUUCUUUUCGGCAAUUUUCCUCUGCCACGGUGGACGGCUCUAGGUAGAAAACAAGCAGUCGCCAUGCGGCCACGAGCUAAGUUAUGAGUGAACUCAGACAUUUUCGCUCUUUUUUUUUCAUUUCACCGAUAGAUAAAUCAAUGUAAACACAAGCCAACGCAUAUUUAACCCAUUGCCUACUCAGUUUUAGUAGAAAAGUGACAAUAAUUAUGCAUGAACUCUUAUCGGUUUCACCGUUGUCUUCACGACGAGAAACCCGGCGAAAACAUACCGUCCCAGAAGGACGACGGUAAAAGGUCACGCGUGUUUUGCGUGACGUGACAUCUAUCUAACCGUCCCAGGCGACCGUAGUCACCUAUCUUAAAGUCCCUAUUGAACUUGACUGGAACCAUAUUCUUUUGGCGUCCAAUUAAAUGAGACAUGUCAUUGACUAUCAAAUGUCAGACAAACUAUUAAACUCAUUACUAAUUUUAAUCAGACGGCAGGGGUGUAAGUUGAGAGAUAUUUUGUCAAUAAACAAUUUCCAUUUUCAACUAAAAUCAGAGGAACACACCAGGAGACGUCUUUCAACUGUUGCCGCGCGAGCAAAGCAGACUGCAGCUAGGCGGAGUUCGAGUAACCAAAGUACAAAGCAUGUGAGAGCGAGGCAGUCACCCUAUCCUAACAGCAAUCAACAGCGUUAUCCAGUACCGGACUUCCUUAUUGCCUGGCAGGUAUGUACAAAACAAAGCGAAGGUAAAACUUCCUGAAAAAUUUCGACAAUAAAAGAAGUAAAUUAGAAGGCUUUGUUUCAUGAAGUUUAUCUCAAAAUCAAGUUUGUAUAUCAAGAUGAUGUAUAUUUGUGACGUCACACUUGUCUUAAGGGCAUGUGACAAGUCAAACUUGCAGAAGAAAGGACCAGACGUCGAUUGAAAACAAAUCUAUUACUGACAAUUACCAGUAACAACACCGCAUUAAUCCAGAAAUAGGGUGGACGUACAUAAACCUUUUGGGCCAGUUAUUUAAACGUAGUUUAGCCAAAGUUUAACAAAACCGCGUUUAAGCCAUUUUCAAUCUGCCCAACGGCUUAUCUAAACACAAUUUAUUGUGAACAGUUUUAUGAAAGCAUAUACAGUAGACUAGAAAAGCAUUUAUAUUUUCAAAAUAACGCACUAUGGAAGAGAUCGGUCCAAAGAUCUGUUAAACCGCGGCUUAAGUUAGACUUCGAUUAAAUACCUGGCCCUAAAUUUUUCUGUUUGUUUAAAGUGAUGGCAGGUGAAGCCAAACAUGUAUGUCAACUUCAGCCAAUGAAAAAUGUCACCCUCAUUAUUUUUGUUCUUUGAAGGGUGUAUUCCCGGGUUAUGAUCCGCCAUUAUAUACCGCAGUAGAAGUUCAAGCAUCAUUGUUAUGGGCAGACGUUGACAUUGUCCAGUAAGUUACGAGAGCACUAUUGCCAUUUGUCAUUACAAGUGUUCGUUAAAAGUUCGUUCAACUUUGGAUAAAGGAAUGUUCGGCGAAUAAUGUAAAAAUCGUUUAAACUGGUCUGAGAUAAAUAGCUAGAAAGAAGCGUAUUUUUCCCAGCCUCUAAGUUUAAUUUUUUCAGUGGUUUUAUUGACUCUAUCGAUUAACUGUAUAAUUCUACUAACAGUUCCUUUAUUAGUAGAGUAGUAUAGUGGUGAUGUUUAGACCUCUUUUUUGCGUUGGACUACUUUAGCGCCGAUGAAUUUUGAAGACACAUUCUUUUGAAUUUAUCUCAUGAAUAAAAUGCGGUGGAAUGCACACUACCACCAGCACAUUUCUACGGUUUUCCCUUCCACACUACCACCACCACAACCACAGUACUCUUGUUUUCCUUCCACUACCACAACUGCAAUUCUAUUAUUUCCCCUCCAUUCCUUCCUUUUCCUUCUUUUUAUCGUUUUCCCUCUCCUCCUCUUCCUCUUACUAAUCUCAAAGAAAAAGUUUGUUUUAUAUGCUAGAGACAAUAAUCAAUAGCUCUCAAAAGCUUUUGGAUCAAAAGGCGUACAAAAAAGCUGCUAAGUAGAACAAUAAGGACUUUUAGACCCCUUUUUACUGUGGACUUUCCUCCUCCUUAUAGCUCAGGAUAAUGGCAUUCAAAACACCUCUGGCCAAUCCAGUCCAUCUAACAGAAUCACACUCACCAUAUGAAUAGGCUGUCUGGAUUAACGCUAACAGGAUAAAUUUUAUUCUUAACUCUAGGAAGACAAGUUCAGCUAUAAUUUUUAAUUGCGUCGAAAAUGGGAUCAACAGAAGAAGCUACACUGGGCUGAUUGAUGUGGUCAAUCGGCUACCUAGGUAAGGUAACACUUUUAAUGUAAAAACGUGGCCUGCGAAAAUAGGAGACUUCUGCGCGUUUUCGCAGACCUGGUUAAAAUGUAACUACUUAGAGGCAGAGGGAACGAGCAUUGUAUACGUUGUGGUCGUCCUUGGUUUAAAUUUUCUUUUCUUUUGUUUUGGGGUAUGGUAAUGUAUGAUAAUGAUUUUGAAACAAAAGAAAAUAAAAUUUAAACCAAGGAUAAAUUUGAACCACAACAUAUAUGUCUGGUUCAUUCUUCCGCUUUUAGCUGCUUCUGGCUCCUACAAUCUGCUUUUCACCUCUGAGAUCGUAAGCAAUGGUGGGAAAAUAGAAAAGUUCUGAUUCUUUAAAAGACUGCAAUUCCACUGACUUAGUUUAUGACGCCGCUUAUGAAUUCGCGUUUUGAGUUCUAUUUGGCCAUAAACUCCCGGCUUCCGACUUACAUGCAUUUGCAACAACUCCGACUCCAAAUUCUUCGUUCUAUAAAAACCUGCCUCUAUUUUUAUGAUCGCGAUGGCGAUUAUGAUUUUACGUCAUUAUGAUCGCAUGAUGUUGAUGUAAUAAUAAUGAUGAUCAUUAUAUUUUGCUGUUGGGAGCCAGCGAAGCUUAACUGGGCUCAUAAUAACAUGAGCAUGGCAGUAAUCUUACUUUUACAUAAUUUUCACGUGUGCUGGCUGCAUGUAACGUCAGCUGAAUAGGAAGAUACAAAUCAGUAAAUUCUUGUCGAAUGACAAACUUCAAUGUACACACUUUUUUAAAUUUGCCAAUCCAUUGCGAUAAAUGUUAUAUCGGUGGAUGAGGUUGAGUUUGCAGGAGGAGGUUAUCCAGAAACAUCAACAAAACGAAAAUAGCAAGCUCCAUUAUAUGGAAAGAAAAUGUGAUGUAUGCUUUUCCUGUUUUUUUUUUUCUUUUUUUCACAACAGAAACCCUGUUGGCAGAACUGGUAUCGCAGGACGUGGUUUAUUUGGCCGGUGGGGACCUAAUCACGCUGCUCAUCUUGUCGCCACUAGGUAGCAACUGGAAUUCAUUUGCACCCAUUGUCAAUAACAAAUAAAGCUUUCGUAACAGUCUCGUGCAGCAACCUGGCCUAAGAUAGCAAGCAAUCUGUGGUCGUACUACCCAAACGGAAGUUAAUGGGACUUUUUUUGUGCAUUAUUAUUUGCGGGUGAAGGAAAAUACAAUUAACAACUGUAAAGUUGUUUAAAUUACGAGAUUGCCUUUUUAUUGUUACAGUUUGUUAAUCACUAUCCAGUCGGUAUAUUGUGUAAAGUCGGAAUCUCAAGUUAUAUCAUAUUAGGGAGAUUUACAGUUACGUUUGCGGCAAACGGCAAUCGUAUAUUUGCACUAUGUGACCAAGUUUUCCUUUCUUCAUGACAUCUACCCCAAAAUUAGUAGCUUCUGGUUAGUUUAGUCUAUAACACUUGCUCCGGACCGUUUUAGCUUCACGUUGAAAUUCUCGACUUGAAUCUGACGUUUGCCGUUUGCUGCAAACGUCAGUCUAAAGCUCUCUAAUAAUUAGCAAAAACGCAGCAAAAUUGGAUAAAUGACACGUUAAUUUUCCUUGGUAAAUAGCUUUUCAUAUUUUUUAAAGGAAAGAGAAGUAUAUUGUGCUCUUUUCCUCUAAUAUUCGGCCUGAUCCCAUGCUAUGACAGAUUGGCAAUCGAUUUUACAAGGGCCACUUUUUAUACUUGUUUUGUACUUGUCUUAUUAGCCUAAGGGUGACUACAUCUAUCGAGCUGGUUUCCUUGACUAUUUUUGUUUAGGUGGAAAGAAGAUGAAGACGGAAAUACAAUUCAAAAGGAAGGCAAGAACGUGCUAGAAUUCGUGGCUGUGAGGAGGCCAGACAUAGCAGAGUGGUCAGUUCCUGGGGUAUGACGAAUGCUUGACGAUAGCAAUAUCUUAGCGCUUUUACAAAUAUCUUAAUUGCUUAGUCUACUUAGUUCACUAUCUAUAUUCGUUUUCGAAGCGUUUUCUCUGUUUAAGCAAAAAGCUGUAGACUCACUAAAGAUAAUUUGAAAGAAUUAUCCGAGAUAAAUCAUUAGUGAGUUUAUGCAACAGGACGGUAGGAAGAAGAGGACGACAAAACACCUGUUUGUGACAGGGCUAUUACAUGUGUGUUUUGUCGUGAUCUUCACUUAACACCAAUGUUUUCUGGUCCUUUACAAAAAGAUCUGUUUCAAGGAAAGCGAAGUUUGGCGAAAAGUUGUUUCAAACAAAAUUUUUGUCAUCCUUGUCACACAAGGUUUCCCGUGUUCUCUCCUCUCCCGUCCUGUUGGGCAAGUUCACGAAUGUCUGAAUGAGCACGACUAUUUGUGGUUUUGCAAGAGCACCCGCACUAUCCUAACAAUACAAGGCAAGUCAAAGCUGAAUAAAACGGACGCAAUCGAAGACUUUCUUCAGAUGAUCUUCAAGAUUAUAAUUCAAAACCUUCAGACUAGCAAUUCAUCAGUUUCUUACAGUAACAAUAAGAGACAACAUCAGAAGACAUAGGGGGUGGGAUAUUCCAUGACGAAAACACGUGAUACUGACGUCAUACUGAGUCCCAGUUUCCCACAAAGGCCUUUUCAGUUACGUAAGGAUGAAAGUAUUUUCAAUGCAAUCAUGUAUCUCACUAAGUGUCACUUUUGUAAUUUACAGGGUCUGGUAAACGUUGGGGACUCAGUAUCUGUGACACUGAAAAAGGUGUUGGAUAAAAAAAUUUUACCAGCUCUAAAGCCCACCUUCAGUGAUGGAAAAGAAAAUCUGGAUGAAACCUUGGAUUUCAUGAUUCAAAAUGCUGUGGAGGUUUGUUCGUCUUUUUCUCACUUUUUUACAAAACUGAAAAAAGUGUACGUAAGCAAGCGGCAAGUUCAAUCUGUCGAAAGCGAGGAUUCUUUGUACAGGGAGGGGUAUCACACAGUAGCUGGUCAUCUCACUACCAAAUCAUCUCGCCACCAACAAAGUCGCCACCAAGAAGUCGACUAGCCGCCAACCAACUCGCCACCAAGUAAUAUAACUCCAUAAUCAAAUUCGAAUAGGCUUAGCGAAGAAGUAAAAAUUCUAGGUAAGUAAUCCUAGGUGAGUAAACACGUCGGUUUAUGCAGAGUCAUUACUUGGUGGAGAUUAGACUUCUUGGAGGCGAGUUGGUUGGCGGCGAGUCGACUUCUUGGUAGGCGAUUUGGUUGGUGGCGAGAUGGUUUCUUGGCGGGAUGACCGUAAACCUAUUAAAAACAUGUAACCACGUAGACAAGCCAGUCAAGGGAGUUUAUAACUGAAAUAAAUAGCCUAGUGGGCUACACAGACUGACACUAGACCUAUAGAUAAAGUAAGCUUUCGGCAGAUGUCUUAGCUAUUGGGGUAUUUAAUGUUGUAGUAGAUAGAGUUCCAAGAAUUCUAAUUCUUCGAUUUUUCCCGAGUCCGGCUUCAGUACUUAUAUGAACUAAUGCUAACCUCUUAAUGCGAGGUGAUUGCUAAAAAUAAUACGGUAACGUCCUGUAGGAAUGAUUAUUUUUAAAAGGGGCUACGUUAUGCUAUUAGCUGUCUUUAAAAAGCAAAAACGUUUGUCACAUCAAUUGAAUUUCAAACUGAUAAUCGUCCAGUUUUAUUAUUUAAGAAUAUAUUCAGGCAUUGAAAAUGUCUCUUGUCGUUCCCGCUCUUUUGUUACGGAUGGCGAGGAUGAACAUGGAUUGAAACUUGUACUUGAAAAGUUUGGCUAACCUCAGUAACAACUUUUAAUGAUAUGUUUGCAAAAAUCACCAAAAAUUUUUAUGUUUAGUGCUUCAUGAUCGAAUUUUUUUGUGUCUUCCUCAUCACUCUAGAUCUCUAGAUGAGAAUUUUGUGGAUAGGUAAAGGCACCAAGUAAUGACUUCAGUACAGAAUUGACUCUUUGUGACAAUAGCCCAUUUUAUGCGUGACAUACACACUGUAUAUACCGGAAAAUCUCUUCUAAUUUGCUGUGAAAUUUUUUAGGUUUACAAAGGAUACGUGGAUGACCCGAGAAACACAGACAACGCUUGGAUGGAAACACUUGUGCUGAACUUCCAUGAUGAACCUAGAAAAAUACUCGGUGAUUUCGAGUUUGAGGUACGGUCCGGAUCCAAAAAUUCUUCAGUAAGCCGGCAAAUCAAUGUGUAUCUAUAAUCAGUUAGAACAUUUAUUUAAUCCUGGGGAGCGGUCAAGUCAAAAGCGUGAAGCAAACUUCUUUACACCAACUGGAGUCUACGUAGCUAUAUGUAUAUAGAUAUAAUUUGACUUUAAGUACGCUGAUUUGACCAAAGUAAAUGGAAAUUGGUUUAUUCGUUUUAAGAUAUCGAUACGUGUUCUUUUAAAUUUCUUUCUUUGCUAUUACAGGCUAGAGAAGGUAUCCGCAGUGUCAAAUGGCAGGAGGUCAGCAGUCACAUCAAUCUUCAAGUCAAUUAUCAUUUAAUUUUAAAGAAGGUGGCUGAGCUACGCAAAGCUUACUUUUGA